AUGAAGACAACUUAUCCUGACUGCUGUCGAAGGUACAUGAGAGGCAGAUUACCAUAUUCAGCCAUCGAGGGGUACUCAGUCCAGACUGAUACAGAGAUGUGUCCCAUCAGUGCCAUCAUUUUCCACACAAAGAAGGGGAAAGCAUGUGCCAAUCCAGCUCUGAAGUGGGUGAUUGAUGCUAUUGAUCGCAUAAGGAAAAAAGCGCAGAAGAUCCACCAGCGCAGCUCACAGCUGCAGAUGUAG